CGUGUCUUACGCCGCGCGUUGCCGGCGGGUUCGCAGUCUACAUGACCCUCAUGGACGGGACGGUGAGCCUCUACGGUGGUCCGCUGGCAGUCCGCUACAACCUGUCCCGCGCAAUCUUGCGGUUCGGACGUCCGACGGGGCCCGGCUCCGAGCAUCGUAUCGGCAAGGAGGAGUACGUCGCCGAGAUGCAGCUUCUGUUUUCCUCGAAGAAGCCAACCACGACCAGCUGCCUGUACGAGAACUCCGGUGUCGCAAUCGUGUCCGUCCUCUUCCGCGAGGUGCCGGGCAGCGUGGCGGCCAUUGAGCCCCUCGUGCAGAGCACGCGGCAGCUGCGCGGUGUGUGGGGCGCCCGGGUGCCGGUGCAGCUGCGGCUGAGCUCGCUCAUGGCGCCGUACGCGCAGCACUACUACGCCUACUCGGGAUCGCUCACCUUCCCGCCCUGCACGAGCAGCAUACCGACGCUGGUGAUGGCCAAGCCGGCCUCCAUCGGAGAGGACCAGCUGGACACCCUGCGGAAGAACAUGUUCGUGUCGCUCAACUACUGCGUCUACCACAUGGCCGGUCAGCUGAGGCCCACCUUCGAAUCGCAGAACCGGGACGUGUACCGCUCGUUCAAGUACUUCGGCAGCAGCGGCGUCAGCCAUGCCGAAGCACCGCCGACGGCAGCGUUGCUGGCGCUGCUACUGCCAAGCCUAACGUUGACGACUAUGGCGCCGUUGCCCACCACGUGGAGCAUGCGCUAAGAGACUACGGCGCUGUUAUACCCGACAUGUGGAGCACGAACUCGCACAGUUCCGGAUAUCUAGUUAGCUUUAAAUCGAACGACGACAGCUCCUGCCGUAUAUGAUUCCGGAAGUCAUUCCACAAUGCGUGUAUGGUUUGUGGCCCCAUAUUGCUUUGAAUAAUAGCCUUCCUGUCAUUUCAAUGUUCACGCGGAAGCAAUUCGACCCUUGGACUCGCUGCAACAUCGGUGGUUUAUUUCAAGCUACAUCCCACUGCACACGUUCAAUUUUCUACGCUUCGUAUCUGAUUUAUCGAAGAGUGGGAUUCCUGCGCGGCUUCGCAUCACAGGGUGCAUUGAAUAGUGAUCUGCAGCGGGGGUGAAACUGCACGCGUAACGAUGCGAGUGACGCAGUAUUUAUACAGAGUCCAUUGUUUUUGGUACAACUCAAAGCACUACGGUACUGUGUCUUGUCACAAUAUUUCGACCACGAUUCUACUGUCGUUUCGUUGUUCCCUAUAUACUCAAUACCGUGAGCAGUCCAUCAUGGUACGAACAUUUGGCGCCGUCACAUGUAUCACUAUACAAGAGCAGUGCCCGAAUUAUAAAAUAAUUUACGCCCCUAAAUACGGUGUAAAUCGGUCACAAAAGCUCACCUGGGUGCCAGCGUAAGUUAUAGACCGUUUUGUGUGCAAGGGUGUAUACAGACCGAUUUACACCUUUAUUCACCUUUAAAGAUGUAAAUUAUAUUGGAGCGCACAAAGCUGCUGACGCAGCUAUUUUAAAACCCCGGCCAAAAGCACCGCUGCAGUCGCAGUUCUUGGACAAUUCAUGCUCCGUAGUGCUAAUCACGAGCGCUGCCAUGUAUAGUCACGUUAAAAUAAAGCUAAUAAAACAGUUUCUCAGGUUAAUGGUACGACAACUUUACGCACGGAAUGGACGGCACCGUUUCGAAAAGCAGUGAUGUCUUGCUUUAUUUACAUGGCACUUCGUUCUUCAACCUUCGCGAUGCAUGUGUUGAGGUGUGAGGUACGAGCUAGAACUUUACCAGCUUUUUAAAUGGGAACGUUGGAGUGGCGGUUAUAUUGGCAGAUUAUUAUUUCAAAACUACGUUUGCCCUUUUUUUGACGGCGAGAAGUUCAACAUUAAAGGAAAAAAUGAAAGAUAUUUUUUUUUCGAAUUAUUUUACCGUGCACCCAAAGCACGAUUUAUUGGGGCAUCAGAUUUCUAGGCAAAUUUUUGUAUAUUUUUGUAGCCUCGCCUGUAAGUCGUUUUCUUUUUUUUUUUCCUUUUUAACGCAGCGUAAUAUUUUUUCGUUGUUAAUGAGCUGCGCUGUGCAGGUGCUGUUCGAAACGUGCGAUAUGCAUAAAGGGGGUGCUAUCGUCCAAAUUUCACAGUGCUGUUGACACACCACUUCCGUUUCCCUAUCAUAUUUGGCACAAUAGAGAACUGCAAUCCCACAAUAUAACUUAAUUUUACGCUUCUAUUUAGCGUCUUUUGUAGUUCGUGUCUGUGAAAUGCAUUACAAAGCCGUGUCCGCCGAAGACAAAAAGAGUAAUUGUGGCUCGAGUAUCUGAGCAAUUGGUAUCCUAGAAUGAAUGCGUUAUGUGACUGCGCACCUGCAUAAUCCAGGAUCUUCUGGAUGAAAUACAGUGUCCUGUGGCCCAUAAUCUUAGUGCUAUUGAAGCACGGAAUCUUGAUUGGACCAAUAGCACUCGUGGUCGGUCGAUUUCAUCCUGUGUUGAAGCUAUGUGGUGAAAUUUAUACGGAGCUGUUAGCUCGGCUUUCCCCAUGAUUGACAAUGCGUUAAAGGUUAUUUUAUUUCUGAUGCAAAACGCGUGAGGUGCUGUCUCUCGCGUUUCGAUGUUCGCGGAGCUGUAUAUCCGCAAUGAAGAAGAAGCGUUUCUUCACGUGAGGUUGGACGACGGCUUCGCACCAAGGUCAAUGUAAUGCGACAAAGCAGUAUCCUUUUUUUUUUUUUUUGUUUAGGAGACGAAAUCGCCAUAUAUCAGUUGAAAGGCGGCACAGUACUCACAUUCGACGUUGACGAAGACUACAAGGCGACGUAACUUAUAGAUUGUAACCACACGAUGUUUUACUAAAGUAUGUUCCUCUUGCUCCGAGUGAGACGGCUCAGACUGUGUUCACGUUUCAACAAUUGAGGAUAAAAGUACAAAAAUAAGAUGUUACUGUAGAGCAGACAGCAUUUUGACCAUUGACAGGCUUUUCAACUCGCGCUAGCUAUAUAUCCAAGACAGCCAGCAUAGGCAUCCGCGCGGCGCAGUGAGCUAGAGCAAGGACCUGGCCUGCCUGCUCAAGCUCUCGAAGCCUAACAGCCUUUCUGUACUUAGAACCAAUACAACAGAAGCGGUCCUGUUUUCUUUCAUACAAUGCUGCUAUAUAACACCAACAGGCGUCCGAUCCUCCUUGCGUUCGACCAGUGGUAGCGGCACAAUAAUAACGAGUGGAGCGCAAGGACGCCAGAAGACAGCGUUUUUAGCUCAAGGUUAUGAUUUGUAUAUUUGUAUACUGUCGCACUAUAUUGCACCGCUUGCUUUCUAUAUCGUUCCGCAAAUGUGCAAAUUGCACCGUGCGAACAUAAUAACCGCAGCGACAGAGUGGCAGCGCAAUUAAUCCUAAAACGUGACAUAGCAAUUUAGAAGCUCUAUAGCUCUGCGAAAUUGGCAAUACAUCCCACGAUCCAUGGCGUGCUACUCUGGACACUCAAUUUUGCCAUCCUGUCAACUCUGACUCGUAUAGUGCCAUCUAUGCGAUCUUUGAUCGGAUGAAAGAACAAAGAUGGCGGAAUUCGCGCGUAUCGCAACCGCAGAGCCCUCUUUUCGGUAGAUCAAUUUUAAAUGCAUUUCACUUUCAGCAAGAGUUGAUUGGUUACCUUAAAGCUAGGUGAAACGAAUCUGACGAAACGAUCGAAUGGCACGGCUGCCAUCAACGGUUCUUUUCACAUCGCAUAGUUUGGUUAGACCGGUAGGUUGCCCGUCGCUGCAGUGCGUUAUCGUGGUGGACGUUACGUCACGCAAAAGUUGAGGUAUCCCUUUAGGUGAUGGAUCAAGAAUACGGCAUGAAUUACCAUAUUGACGCAAUGUUAAGUGCCGCACCGAGACGCUCGUACAAUACAACACUUUAGCACACAGUUGUAGACGCUGUCUUGUUUGCACGUGCGCAGGUGGUCUGCCGCGCACGUAGCUACGUCUCCGGGGUCAGGAGUCGCGG